CGUCUACUUCUAGUGGAACGCAGAAUAAGCAACUCCCAGACUCAGCUACGCAGUCAAACUGGCCCGAUGGCAUGCUGCAGCCAACCCCAGCUCAGCGUCUGGAUGAAAUAAAGACCUUGCUGGGGGAGCAGUUUUUUGUGCAGUGUACUCAGAGGCAGCUUGAACAUGGAAAAAUCCCAUCUGCCCUUGCGCGGUGGGAUGCUUGAGCUCUUCUGGGAAGCAGCCUGGGCUUUAUCUGCCCAAAAUCAGCAAUGUGGUGUGCCCUGAAAGGGAACAUGGGAUAGAUGGAGGCUGCUGAGCCAGGCAAGGUGGUGGGGCCUGUCCACAUGGCAGGUGCAUAGCGUAAUGUCCAUGCUGUACUACACUCUGAUUAUAGCUUUUUUGAUCGGCACACAGGCAGCUCCAAAGUCAGAGGACAAUGCUCCACUGGAGUAUCCCGCAGAACACUCCCCGCUCAAUACCCACCAGAGUAACAGACACCACACUCCCGAGGCAGCUCCACAGACAUCCCACGGCCACUCUACUUGGACGACAGGUAGAAGAGAAGCUAUAAAUAUCACCAUGGACGCCAAAUUUUUUAAGAAGAGGCGUUUCCGGUCUCCUCGGGUGCUGUUCAGCACACAGCCCCCCCCAGUGUCGGGGCACAGACAGAACACAGGAUUUCUCGGCAGUGCGGGUUCUCUCAACAGGACUGCCAGGACCAAGAGGACUGCACAUCCCGUGUUACACCGGGGAGAAUUCUCAGUGUGUGACAGCGUCAGCAUGUGGGUUGGGGACAAAACCACAGCCACGGACAUUAAAGGCAAAGAGGUGACAGUGUUGGGAGAGGUCAACAUUAACAACAACGUUUUUAAGCAGUACUUUUUUGAGACCAAGUGCAGGGACCCUAAGCCAGUGUCCAGCGGGUGCCGAGGGAUCGAUGCAAAGCACUGGAACUCCUACUGCACCACAACACACACCUUUGUCAAAGCGCUGACGAUGGAGGGCAAGCAGGCAGCCUGGCGAUUCAUUCGGAUAGACACAGCCUGCGUGUGCGUUCUCAGCCGGAAGAGAGGGCCCGCGGGCGGCAGGAAGCGCCGCCGAGGGGAGCCCGACCCCCGCACGGCAUCGCGCCAGACGGGCCGAGUGGAGGCGCCCCCGAGCGAAACGGCCCUUCGGACUGCCCCAGGGCCGGGCUCCAGCGGCAGAGCGGCUGUAGCCCCAUCCUGGGGGGAGGCCGUGCGACGCCCGGAGGGGGCGAGCGGUGUGCGAGGCACUGGUCUGAGGGCGAGGGCGAGUACUGCCAGCUCUGAAGAACAAAUGAAACCACCUGGAGAGAAGCAUAAGGAGAAAAGGGGGUGUGGGACUUGA